AUGCCCGAGUUUUAUCCUGUUCAGAGUUCUUUCAAGGCUUUGAGAAACAAGGUCGUGGUUUUGACAGGCGGCGCCAAUGGAAUAGGCGAGUACGUUGUGGAGACACUAUACCGCGCGGGCGCACACGUAGUAUUUGGAGACAUUGACGUGACUGCGUGCCAGUCUGUCGUCGACCGACUCUGCUCCAAAAACUCAUCGUCCGCCACCUUGUCGUUUGUUUGUACCGAUGUCCGCAAAUAUCAGGACAAUAUUGCGUUGUUUCGCUUUGCCUAUGAAAAGCAUGGCCGGAUUGAUCAUGCCCUCUCCGUCGCUGGUGUGACGGAGAAGCCGGACCAGAAUUGGUUCGACCCUAAGCUGGACUUGUCAUCUAUAACGACUGCUCCUUCGACAGAUAUGGUUGAUGUCAAUUUGACGGGUGUUUUAUAUUUCACGCGUGUCGCGGCGGUGUACUUGCGCCAAGGAAACGAAGACCGCACCGAAGAUAAAUCAAUCUGCAUUCUUGGUUCUGUAGCAUCUUUCAAAGAGCAGGGUGGUCUUUUCGUCUAUCAACCCACCAAGCAUGGCGUAUUAGGUCUUGUCCGUUCGACGAGAAAAUUCUUCGACAAGGUCCAUGGCAUCAGGAUCAAUACCGUCUGCCCGUCCUUGACCAGAACGAGAAUGUCGACGCCCGUGAUCCGCAUAUGGGAUGAACAGGGCGUGCGGCCGAAUGACCCCCAGGCAGUGGCUGACUACGUUGUCACCUUGACGAGCAUUGCCAACGAUCCCUACGUGGGCAGUGUUACGGGACUGGCUGUGUUUGUGGAGGGGAACAAGGGCUGGGAGAUUGAAAAGGACCUGGACAAAUGUGAUGUUGCUUGGCUCGGCCAAGAGAUGAGCACAAAUGCGGCAAAGAUCGAGGCAGCUUUGGCGUCAGGGACGGCCUGGAGUAAUCCUAAACUCUAG